AUGCAUGUGAAUUUUGAUAUUGAACUUACAGUUUUAGUUCCAGCAUCACAACGAGAAUGUUUUCAUCAAGUAUUUGACGCAGGAAAAACAGUCGAAAUUGAGUAUGAAGUACUUUCUGGCGGUGAUUUUGAUAUUACUUACUGGUUUUAUUCUCCCACCAAUCGUGUUUUACAAUCAGAUAUUCGAAAGAAAGAAGGUCAUCAAUCAUUAAAAUUAGAGGAAACUGGAGAAUAUCGUUUUUGUUUUGAUAAUUCAUUUUCAAGAUUUGUUCAAAAACAGGUUUAUUUUAGUAUACGAUUAAUGGAUAAUGUCAAUGGAAAUUUUGGAGAUUUAGAUGAAGAAUGGAUGAACAAUGUGGCGAAAGAUGAUCUCGGUGAUUUACAAAUGAGGAUACAAGAAAUUAAAGACCUUUUUCAAAGAAUAUGGGAUAAUAUGGAACAAGCACAACGAUAUCAACAAUCAUUUCGUAAUUUUGAAAUACAUGAUCGUGUUAUUGUUGAAAAUAAUUUUGAACGAGUGAAUUUUUGGUCUAUUAUUCAUUUAGCACUGUUAAUUGGUGUGGGAUUAAUUCAAGUACUAAUGAUAAGAAGUCUCUUUGAAGAUCGUAGUCGUGUAGGAAAAAUUCUACGUGGAAAGAAAUGA